GUAGAACUGAUAGUCACAAAUUUGCUUGCAUUACACCAGAUACUAAUCUCCCCCUAAAAGAAGACUCCUGUGGCAUUCUCUGAGGUGAGCAUGCCAACAAAUUAAAAUGCACAGAGAUGUUUUCAGACAAUAUUUGACAGAAGAGAAAAAAGAAAACAGCAAAUGAAAACAAGCAAAAAAGUGACAACUUAAGACACAAUAAGAACUAGAUAAUUUAGCCAUUAAUGAGGCAAAAAUCCUUGUUCAAAUUCAAGAACUGAAUAAUACAUCACAUACAGUCUGGCACUCACUUAAGGAACAAACAAGUAUAGGUGCUCCUUGUGUGGAACUGUGUUGAUACCAAUCCCUACUCUUUGCCCAAAUCGUAGUCAUGAGCAAUCAUUAGUAAAAUUAAGCAGCUCAAAGGUGAAGGGGUGGAAAACCACCUCCCUCUUGAAUCUUGACAGAAUACUUCUGAAGAAGAAUUGAUUAAAUUCUUUUCCACAGAAAAAGAAAUGUAUAGCCAAUCUAAAGCAGAGUCUAAUUCACAGACAAUAAGGGAGGCUAAGGACCUCCUCACACAGGAAGGACGCAGCACAAUUUCAGUUCAAGAGAAUGGGAGGAAACUAUCCUGAGCAUUCCCCAUAUUUGCUCCUUAGUAUUCACACCUCAGUGUCUAUCUCCCCUUAGGAAAGUACUCUUGUGAGAAGAAAGAGGGGUUAUGGAAUCAGCACUCUGUUCUUGUGCAGAGCAGGAGAAGUGAUGUAGAACUCAAAACUCAGACAGUUUCUGGGCAGGAGACGUGAAGGGAUCACUACUAAGAUAUUUCAUACCCUGUUUUAUUCCAAGCUUUCUGAACUGCACAUGAAAAUUUUUGCAUUCUGAAUUUACCUGGAAAACACAUCGUUCUACAGGUUUGCCUUUUAGAAUAUGGAUGUCUUCUAGACUGAAACAUUUUCCUGAGCCAUUCACCAUCCUUUGUUAAUCCUUUCAGAAUCCACAAAAUGUUUUUGCGGGGAAAGACAGGGAGGGUAGGGGGGGAAAGGGUUUAGACGACGAACUCUGCAGAAACUAUCCACCUUUUGCUUCUGAGCCCAUGCCAACAGCCUGGGGUAACCCUUGACCGGAGACAGAGCCCUCUUGGCAGUCCCGCCUUUCACAACCCAUCCAAGGGCAGCUGAGGGAGCGAAAGGGCAGCGCAUCAGCUUUCAAGCUAAGCCGCUCUCUGAAAAAGCGACUCCACAACACGCAGUGAUUUUUUUUUUUUUUUUUUUUUUUUUUAAGGAUAUCCUCCCCGCGGAUGAACGGCUCUUUCCACUCGCGGUGCCAAGAUCCAUCCUUCCCUCCCCGGCCGCACACACGGCACUGGGCGUGUAGCCGGGGCUCUAUGUAACCCCUGCCGGCACGGCCCGGCCCCGCCACACCGCUCCGCCGGGCCCGCGGCGCUCCGGGCGGGGAGCGGGGAUGCCGCCUGGCCCGGGGGCAGCCCCGCCGCGGCGGAGCAGAAAGUGAAAGUACCCGCGGCCGGCGCAGCCCCAUGGGAAAGGCAAAGCGCGGCCGCCCCGCCGCCGCUCCGGACAGCGCCGCGGCCCCCGCGGGCGGGCGGGCGCCGGGGGGCUGCUGAGCCGGCCCGGCCCCUCCCGGGCCCUGCGCGGCGCUCCGCGGGCUGCGGCCGUCAUGGGCAAGGCGGCGCCGCCACCAUGACCGCGGACCCGUCGGCGCGGCUCCCCGACAGCGUCCGCACGGACCAUGUUCCAUGCCUUUUUUAGAUCUACCUUACCAGUUCUGCCACUGCUCCUUGUUCUGUCUCCAGUGAAUGCAUCUAGUUGUGCAGUGGGAAAUAAAACAACUGAAAUUCGCAUGAAGUAUGAGAAUAUACUAAGUCACGACAUCAUUGAGCUGGUAAAUAUGUCUGCAGAGAAUCCUGACAGGUGCUGCAAGAAUAAAAAAUAUGAAAAUAUCAAAGUGUUUUUCUGCAAUGAUACUGAGGAAAUAGAAUCACUACAGAGCAUGGCGUGCAACAUGCUCAGAUUUCUUAAUAAGCCAAGAAUCAGCAAAGCCUUCAGACAGAAAGCAGCAUUCGUCUCAUGUGGGACAUUACAAGUUCUACGGUGUAAAUGUGAAAGACCUAAAAAAGAAAAGGCUUGCUCACGUGUAUUUAAUACAGAAGAUACAGAGACAGGUGAACAGUCCAGAAAGAAAUGUAACCAAGAAGUUUGUGAACUGAAAGAAAAUAUAUCUAGCCUUCGAUCCUGCUGGAAUAAAUUUGAAAAAAUAAUUUCCAGGUGAUUGCAGGUGAAUCCUGAUCUUUUCUUUCAAAGUGGCAUUACUUGGUAUCAUUGCAUUUUAUAUGCAUACUUCAAGUAACUUUGCUCGUUUAUAUGAACACUUUAUGCCAGAAGUCUGAUGGAAGGCUACUGUACCUUGUUCCUGGAGACAACAGAAACAGAAAUGGCUGAACCAAGCUGCUGAAGUCCAAAAAGUGGGAAUGGAAGACCAGCAUUUGAAACAAAGGACUCUGCAGAAGUCUGUGUCCAACCUUUGUGCUCUGGAAACUACUUUGAAUUUUCUGAUUUUUCAAGUAACUUUGUAAUACUGUCAUAUGAAAGCAGGCACAUGUCUACUGAAAUUUAUAAAAACAUCUGGGAAUCUGUAGAUGAAAAAAAGCAGCUUUCUUUAUAUCUAUGUAAAAUGCAUCAAGGACCAAAAGUAACAAUCUACCAAAGCAGCAGCUUUUCUUGGGUAUGUUCUCCUGACACCAAAGUGUUUUUGGUGUGGGUCUGAUGGGUCUGCUAACUGACUUGGGUUUGGAAAAACAGGGAAAAAGUUAGCUUUUUGAAAAGCUUAGAAAGGGUACUGAUUUUUGAGAGAUGCAGCACGCUUCUGCUGGCUGAAGCACAGGCAAGACUGAAUCCUGUGGAAGAAAAAGGAGAUGCCUGAAUGUAGGUUGUUCAGUUGACUGGAAACAGCAGUACACUCAUGCAUUUGAUCAGCCCAGAGUUAGCUGCAGGAGGACCUAGAAUUCCUUAGCUUCAGAUUGUGAUUUCUCAUAUGCUAUUAUUUUAUAUAACAUGUUUAAAGAUGUUAGGUAAACAUGACUUAAAAUGUGUGAAUAUUGUCAGAGAAUAAUAUAUUGGCAUUUAACUAAUAAAGUGCUCAUAUUUAAUUUUGAAUAAAUAUAAGUAUUUUUAUAUUUGUUUACUACUCUUUUGCAGUUACUUUGAUAUAACUCCUUUGGUAAUAAAAUAUUUGUCUUCU